GCCUUCUGGUGAGAGCCCCGCAGCUCUUCCCCCUUCCUUCCCCGCCCUUCCCAUCCCUGCUUCCAGCCAACCACUCAUGCUACUGUGCUACUCCUUGUUUUCUCUCUGUCCCUCCUCUCAACCUGGUCAGUCCCCACACUGAUGAUCUGGUUUGGUGUAUCUUCUGCUCCUGGGACAGCUCCUGUCUCAGCAGCCAGCUGCUUAGGAAGGAGGCCGCCUGCUAUUGUGAGAAAGAAGGGGGUCUGAAGAGCACCUGUUGGCUGUGGUUUGGGGGCUAUCCUCACUCCUGAAGGCUCCAGGCCAGAAGCUGGCCCUGUACCCUCACAGUCUCCUGAGUCCUAGGUGUUUUCCGUGACAUACAAGCAACGGUGUAAACGUGGACACAUUUGGAGGGGGCGUGUUGACAAGGGAGUCAGGUGGUGGUAGUGGCGGGUUUUCAUUCCCAGGGGGCAAGGAGGAGGGAGUGGCAUGUACCCAGGUGCCGGGGUGGCUCAGGGCCCCUCUGGGUGAGGGUAGACAGAUGACGUAGUGGGGCAGGUGCCAGUUGAGGUGCCACAGGACUGGGUGUGUUGAGGAUCAGUGCUUACUUAGGGGUGGGGGCCUGGCCCACUCACGCAGGAAGAUGCCUGGAGAGGGGCUGGGCUUGGUCUGAUGGAGGGUUCUAGUAUUCAGGGCAAGAGCUGCUGAGGGGUUGCGGAGGGCUCGCUGAGAGGGGCAGGGACUUGUUUCCUGGCAGCUGAGGUUUGAUGGCUCCGAGUGCCAGCCUGAUUCUGCUUGUUGUGAAAUCUCAUUUGUGCUCUUUAAUUGGGGGGCUACUAGUUGAACAUUGAGCAGCCAUCAGAGAGCAUCUUCUGGAACGGGGGAGCCAAACAUACACUUUGCCCCUUUGCAGCCUUCUUUCUCUGAGGCCUGGGCAGCCUGUGAGCUUGAGGUCAUUAGAUCUUUGGGGUGGUAGCCUGGGGGUGGUGGCACUAAGUGGGGGCCUAGUUCUGCUCGGGAGGAAGAGCUCCAUUCACGAACCACUCCCUGCCUUCCAGAUGGUCUCACCCAUACAGCCUGGCCAAUCGUGGUGGUACUAGGCAUUGUGUCAUACCCUUCAGAAGCAGGAGAGACUGGGAUGGUUAUUAUAUUGUUCCUUAGGGGGAAAAUCACUUGGAGGAAAUACAUCAGUGCUUCUGAGUGCAGAGUAUUGACAUGCAGUUAAGGGAGGCUUUUAAACAACAUGUGUGUAUCCCUUUAGUAAGGAAUAAAUAUACAGACCCAUCUCGCCGACUCCAUUUUGCAGUUCCCAUUUCCCGAAAGGUAUAUGAAUGGGGUUUAGUGGCUAAGGGAUCAGGGUUUUGAGCUGGGAUUUUGGAGAAACUGUUUUUAGCCUGUACUUGGAGUUGGGCCAGGCCUAGAAAUCUGUUGAAAUAGCUUUCUUUAGCUGCUAAAAUUGGGAUGGGUUCUUACCACUAGGAUCUUGAGUCUCACCAGCGGCUGGGGAGGGCCCUGAGAAGGGUCCGCGUCUGAGGCCCGGGAUGCCGGAGGCUCAGCCUCUCCCCCCACAUGUGCACAUUGCCUGAAGCUUGGGGUCUUCCAGUCUCCCCAGAGAGUAGACCUGCCCCCAGGGGCCCUCCUUCAAGUGUCCUUUCCGCCUUUGGCAGAAUCUGCUCUUGGUCUUCCUGGGAAAACUUCUAUUUUGGGAUCCAGGGAGGAGUUGUGAGCAGGGACCUCUCUGAGUUGGUCCUCUUUUUUUGAUGACAGAGGCUGGCACCCCUUCCCCCACCUCCCCCCACUUCUCCCCCCGUCCUCUGUUCUGGGGAGAUACCAGAAGGUGCAGGCGGAGAGCUACAGGUGUGUUUUGUUUUGUUUCAUUUUGUUUUGGCUUACAGUCACAAACAUGAGGGAUUUUAAAUGUCAAUUUAGGUUUGACUUUUUAAUUAAAAAAUGUAUACAUGAUAAAAAAAAAAAACUGCCACAUAAAGAUACACAGUGAAAAUUAGCAUUUCCAUGCCUGACUCCUUCAGUUCUGCUCCCCUGAGGCCUCCAUCACCAGCUGCUGGCUGCCUAGUCAAGCGUCUCCUCUCUGUACUCCUCUUGUUUAUCCCCUUGCUAGUAUACUAAUUACUCUGUUCUGUACUUAGUGAUUUUUACCCUAAAGCUUAUCUUGGGAUUGCUCCAUGUCAGCCCAGUACAGUCCACUCUCCUGUAACACGUUCUUUUGCUGCGUGGUAAACCGUGAUUCACUUUGUCAGCCUCCUAUUGAUGGACGUUGAGGUUGCUUUCAGUACCAAUUCUGUCUCUGGAAGCCAAGCUGCAGGAGUGCCUUGCACAUGCUCACAGGUCUGUAGUAGACGGCUGGAAGAGGAGUCCGGGCAUUGAGUGCUUAACGAGAAGAGAGGCACGUUGUUUUGAUUCCAAGAGGGAGAAGGAAAGUUUCCAAGCUUUUUUUCUGAGGGAUCUUGUAUUUAUUUCUGCAGGCAGAGCCCAGAGCUGGAGGGCACACUGUGGGGUGCUGGUGGUCUGGUUCCCAACACAGUCUGGUUUUGGUUCAGCUCAGGUUAGCCUGUCUCCGCAGAACACCUGUUGUUUGCAGCUUUUGGCUGGGCCCUGUGCAUACUCAAAAGUGUGUAAGAGGAGGCAGCCGGAGCCAGAUCAUUUCCUGACCAGCUUCCAGCCUCCUCCUCCUUCCUUCCUGCGGGCUCCUGCCCUCCAGCACCUUCGAGACUCCUGGAUUCGGGGAGGGAGGUGUGGCCCCAGGCACCGGAGUCAGGCCCGGGUGUCAGGAUCCCGCUUCUUGGAAGAUGCACUAUUAUAGAUACUCUAAUGCCGAGGUCAGCUGCUGGUACAAGUACCUCCUUUUCAGCUACAACAUUGUCUUCUGGUUGGCUGGAGUUGUCUUCCUUGGAGUUGGACUGUGGGCAUGGAGUGAAAAGGGGGUGCUUUCUGACCUCACCAAAGUGACCCGGCUGCAUGGGAUCGACCCUGUGGUGCUGGUCCUGAUGGUGGGCGUGGUGAUGUUCACGCUGGGGUUCGCUGGCUGCGUGGGGGCCCUGCGAGAGAACAUUUGCCUGCUCAAGUUUUUCUGCGGCACCAUCGUGCUCAUCUUCUUCUUGGAGCUGGCCGUGGCCGUGCUGGCCUUCCUAUUCCAGGACUGGGUGAGGGACCGGUUCCGGGAGUUCUUCGAGAGCAACAUCAGAUCCUACCGGGACGACAUUGACCUGCAGAACCUCAUCGACUCCCUUCAGAAAGCGAACCAGUGCUGUGGGGCCUAUGGCCCUGAAGACUGGGACCUCAACGUCUACUUCAACUGCAGUGGUGCUAGCUACAGCCGCGAGAAGUGUGGGGUGCCCUUCUCCUGCUGCGUGCCGGACCCCGCGCAAAAAGUUGUGAACACACAGUGUGGCUAUGAUGUCAGGACCCAGCUGAAGAGCAAGUGGGACGAGUCCAUCUUCACAAAAGGCUGCAUCCAGGCAUUGGAGGGCUGGCUACCGCGCAAUAUCUACAUCGUGGCGGGCGUCUUCAUCGCCAUCUCCCUGCUACAGAUAUUUGGCAUCUUCCUGGCGAAGACCUUGAUCUCGGACAUUGAGGCGGUGAAGGCAGGCCAUCACUUCUGAGGAAGAGAGGUGAGCAAGCAGAGCUGAGCCGUGCCGUGGAGGCCAGAGCCCGUCGCUGUUGUCAACUGGACAUCCAGAGGGUGAGAAGUGGAUGCACCGAGCCAGAGCCAGCACCUGUCUUCGGCAUCAGCGUGACAUGACCUCUCUGUUUCUGUUUGCUGCUGCUGAAGACUGAGGAGCCCCCUCUUAUCUGCACAGACUUGUGAUGGGGACCACUACUCCUCCACUCGGGGUCUACCCAGAGACAGAGAACAUGUCUUUAAGUGAGGGUGGCAACCCUGGGGGACAGAGGCUCCCCUGGCUGUGAAAAGGGCCUGACUCGGUUCUCCCGGAGACUAAGCGUAUCUGCAGGGCACCCAGGCCUCCCCACUCGUGUCAUCGGGUCAUCAGUGCUGGCCCAGAGGGCAGCCACAUCUGCUGUGAGCGGGACAUGGUGGGGUGGCCCAGCAGACACGGACAAGGCUCGUCACAGCAGCAGCUGGGCGCUGCCUGGAGUUGGGCAGGGGAAGGGGCAGAAGUGGACCAUGGCACUGGGGCCUGUGGUGUCUGCACAAGUUGGGGGGUGUUAGCAGGAUCCUCAGCCAUGUUCAAGUGAGCCUGAGCCAUGUGUGGACUGGUGCCACGGAGUGCCUCCUCUGCUGCCCCUCCCAGGGCAAGAACUGCCUCCACUCCACAGCAUUAUGCCCCUAUGGCCCGGGGGUGGGGACCACGGGCAGGGUUCUCCUCUGAGAGUCAGCGCUCCCUUUCUUAAAGCGUGUAAAUAGUUUAUUUAUAGGGAUAAGAAUGUUCUCACACCAUUUCUUCAUUUCCUCUGGCCUCCCCUGCAAGCAGCCUUACACGGGGUCUGGGACUGAAGCCAUCCCUUUCAGUUCCCUUGAGUGUCUCAAGAACCAACCCCAUCAACUUCUCCUUUUGGUCCCUAACAACCCGGGUGCCCAUACAUGCUCCCCCUUCCCCUGUGCACCCUGGCUCACAUGCACCCACUCCCCUCCCCAGCUUGGCCUCACUGUCUUCUGGUCUUGGUGCUACUGAAACCGUCACCCGGAACUUGAAUCCUGACACACACACCCCUUCUCCCCCAUCCCCCGGCAAGUCCAGGGAGCCCCAGCCAGAGGCGCCAGCCCGGAACCAUUGACCAGGGCUCCCGUCGAGGCCAUGUGCUAAGGGCCGCUGGCCGGCCUGGCAUUUGCCUCUCCCUGGAGAGUGAAACCGCAGCCCCGCCCCUGUGUGGAGCCGCAGGCCCCAGCCUGCAGCCAUGUAGGAGCUCAGGAUAGUGUUGAUUUUUUUUUUUUUUUUUUGCUAACUUUUGUGAAGGCCUCCCCCCACUGUCCCCAAUGAGGUUACCUGCUGUGACCAUGUCCACCCCUCCUGGAAGGGCAAUCCUGGGGCUUGCUCUUGGAAAUGAAGUCUGUCUUAUGUACUGAAUGGUCCACCCCUCCACCCCCUCACCUCCCCCACCCCCGACCUCCCCGCUAGGGAUAGCUGGGAUGUUUGUGCGUCUUUGGCUGGGCUACUUUCUAAUGCUUUUCUGGAUCUCGUACCAGUUCUGUCCUCAUCGUUCAGGGAUUGAGUGCUACCUUCACUUACUUGCUGACGUGUACAUGCUCGUGUGGUGUAUACUGGUGGGUGUUUGUUGAUGAUGUUACGAGUUUUUGUUUUUUUAUAAUUUUCUCUGUAGACUAGAGGAAGAAGAAUGCUUGUGUUUUCAGGAAUUGAGAUGCUUUUCUUUGACUGCCAAACUCUUUUAUGGAAUAUAUCUUUAUAUUAA